CAAUCUGAGUCAACGACCACGACGACGACUUCACUUUCCUUCUCUCUCUCUCUCUCUCUCUGUUUUCCCAUUUGAUUUGUGAUCUUUUCUCCGCAGUCCCUUCAUUUUCCACAGUUUCUCAACCUCCUCUUAAACACUCGCUCUCAGCGAUGCGAAUUGCUUCUUCUUCAUCCUGCGCAGCUCCUUCAGCUCUCUUCGCAGUCUUUGGAUCUUUAUUUUCUCAGGAUUUGAUGCUCUGGGGAGUGGUCAUCUGAGGAAACCAUACACAGUUCUCGGUCGAACUCUUUAGUUUAUAAGCCCCUUUGGUGAUCUGUUGGUGGUGGCUUGUGUUCGAGAUGGUGGUCACUAGGCUAGUUUCCGUCUUUUUCGUUGGUAAUUGUCUUUUGCUGUUGUUCUGUUCUGGUUUGAGCAAUGCGAGUGAAGCAGAUAUAGCUUGCCUGAAAACCUUAAAAGAACAAUUUAAGGAUCCAAAUGGGUAUUUGUCCAACUGGGUGUUUGGCAAUAGCACCCCAGGGUAUAUCUGCAAGUUUAGUGGUGUGAGUUGUUGGCACGACGACGAGAAUAGAGUCUUGAGCAUCAAGCUUCCUGGCUAUGGCGUCGGGGGAGAGUUUCCUCGUGGAGUCAAAGAAUGCACAAGUUUAACAGCCCUAGAUCUGUCUAAGAACAACCUCUCUGGCACUCUACCAACUGAUAUAUCUAGCUUUAUUGGACUUGCUACGACUCUGGACCUGUCCUACAAUGGCUUCUCUGGUGAAAUCCCCGUCAGCGUGUCGAAUAUAUCCUUCUUGAACACCCUUAUGCUUAACGAUAACCGCUUCACGGGUCAGAUCCCACCCCAGCUAGCCUUGCUUGGACGGCUCAAAAAGUUCUCAGUGGCCAACAAUCUCCUCACUGGUCCAGUCCCGAAUUUAAACAGCACCAUUACUCAGGAGAGUUAUGAUAAUAACCUGGGUUUGUGCGGUAAGCCUUUGGAUCCUUGUAGUGAUGGCACUUCAAAGUCCCGUGGCAAAGUUAUUGUUAUCGCAGCAGCUGGUGGAGUGACUGGCGCAGCAAUAAUCGUGGGUAUUGGUUUGUUCAUCUACUUCCGUAGAUUUGCUGUUGUUAGAAAGAAGGACGAUGAUCCCGAAGGAAACAAAUGGGCAAAGGACUUGAAAACACAAAAAGGCAUUAAGGUCUCCAUGUUUGAGAAAUCAGUUUCGAAGAUGAAAUUAAGUGAUCUUAUGAGGGCUACGAACGAAUUCAACAAAGAUAACAUCAUUGGAUCUGGAAGAACUGGAGCAAUGUACAAAGGAGUGCUUGAGGAUGGAACUGCACUUAUGAUAAAGAGGCUGCAAGAUUCUCAACACUCAGAGAAAGAAUUUAUAUCGGAGAUGAUGACAUUAGGGACUGUAAAACACAGAAAUUUGGUACCUCUUUUGGGAUUCUGUGUUGCAAAAAAAGAGAGGCUUCUGAUAUACGAGUACAUGCUGCAGGGCAGCCUGUAUGAUAACUUACAUCCCACAGAUGAAGCCUCCAAACCCAUGGAUUGGCCUCUGAGGUUGAAGAUCGCGAUAGGGGCAGCAAAAGGAUUUGCAUGGCUCCACCACAGCUGUAACCCGAGAAUCAUUCAUCGGAACAUAAGCUCCAAAUGCAUAUUGUUGUCUGCAGAUUUUGAACCCAAGAUCUCUGAUUUUGGUCUGGCUCGGCUGAUGAACCCAGUUGACACCCAUUUAAGCACAUUCGUCAAUGGAGAAUUUGGAGAAUUCGGGUAUGUUGCUCCCGAGUACACUAGAACCCUAGUGGCCACUCCCAAAGGAGAUGUUUACAGCUUCGGGGUUGUUCUUCUGGAGCUAGUGACCAGUGAAAUACCCACGAGUAUUACCAAAGUGUCUGAAUCCGAAGAAGAAAGCUUCAAGGGGAACCUCGUGGAGUGGAUCACAAAGCUCUCGGGUGAAUCAAAGCUUCGGGAUGCAAUGGACAAGUCCUUGCUCAUCAAUGGCGUAGAUGAAGAGGUCUUCAGAGUUCUGAAAGUGGCUUGCAACUGUGUUCUGUCCGCUGCUAAGGAGAGGCCUACCAUGUUCGAAGUCUAUCAGUUCCUCAGGGCCAUUGGCGAGAGCUACCACUUCACCACCGAGGAUGAUAUCUUGGUUCCCACAGAAUCAGGAGGAGCUGAUUUCGUCGAAGAACUCAUAGUUGCUCGCUGAUGAUGAGCAAGGGGAAAGCUUACUCAAACACAAAAAAUCUUUUUUUAGCUGUGAUAGUACACAUAAAUAUAUAUAUAUACACAUAUUCUCGCGUAUGUAAGUAUUGUUUAUCUGGGUUCUUCUGAAUGUUGUCUGUAAUGUUAAAUUACUGCAAUGAGCAGCUUAGCUUGGCUUGUCUCUGUAACUGGUUUGGUCUGUCACUGGAAGUGGCAUGAAUCUCGGAAUCCAUGUUCUCAGUUCAAUAAAUUUUUGUAUCACUUUGGUCUGUGAUAUUACCAUA